GCGGGUCAGAUGGAUUGUGACUGUGAAAGUCUAUAGACGUCGAAGUUGUUUAAUAUUAUUAUGCAAUAUAAACAGUGAGUAGUGCCAUGGUCGUGAUCCUUUUUUGAAUUCGUGUAGAAAGUAUAAGAAAGUUGAGCGGAAUAUCACACAGUAAAAUGAUCAUACGAACGGUAAUCUGGUUAACCUUCCUCCGUGCAUUGCACUGUUAUCCCAAUCAACUAAAGUUCAAUAUACUAGAUCUCGAUGUUUCAACACCGGAAGAAGUAAACAGUCUAGAACGUGAAGAACCUCUAGGACGCUCCAUUAACCCAGAAAAUAGCCAAAAUAGCUUCGAAGACACCGUGAAGACAGUCGAGGAAAUUAUAAAAUCCAACCCGGCACUGCCGCGACUAACACGUGGCGAAAUUCUUGAUUUACUCGAAAACAUCACCACCACAGAUGAGCAAAAAGCGGAACUUCUUGGCAAAAACAGAAACCCAAAAGCUGUUAUGGUCGUCAUGCCUUACACUCCAUCGAACGACAAAAACAUGGAAGAUUUAUACACAAAAGCUCCUGUGACGCACAUAAUUGGGGCCGAGCCGUUCAGAACGAAGGAAGAAGUUGACAACGACAAACAUUCCAGAAGACGACCCCCGGUUCAGUUUAACGACACCGACAACGAUUUAGCCAAAAAGCCGCUGCCUCCUGAUGAAAAGAAAAAGUAUUCAGCUAGUAUUAGCGAAAAACCUACGAAAGCAACGUCUUCGAGGACUCAAGUUAGAAGAAAGCGCCCACAAGCUACUACCGAAGUACCUCCGACGACAUAUCGUCCGACAACUUAUCAUCCGACUAGUCGAAGACCUGUACGAAGAAGAACUACAACAACUACCACGACUAGUACUACUACCCAACAUCCGAAUCAUCGUUACACACAAGACUUUGUACCCGGCGGAGGCAUCAGAAUCAUCGAAUCGCCAAAACUUAAUCCAACAAAGCCACAUCGAAAUGAUAUAAUAUCCGAUUUAGAACUUCAAGAGAACAUCAAACAAGAAGUGGUGAUGCGACAUGACGUUCCAGUUGCAGCUUCUUUGGUUUCUUCAUUCCCAAACCCCAUUAGGGUGACCACAACGCCCCAACCUACAACUUCGAAACCUUUAAUUGAAGAAAUUAAUUUCCCUGAUAGUUUGAAGACAGUUGUGAAGGAUUUAAAUUUGGAAGGAGUAUUGAGUCCAGAAGCUGAACAACUAAGAAACAAAAUAGAAGAGCAGAAUAGAAUAAAACAUAUUUUAGCGUCCAUUGGGGUGUUACGUGAAACUACUACAACGACCACCACGACUACAACUUCAGCACCAAACGCUGAAAACAUCGCUGAAUCUUUGAGUCCAGAAAUGCGUGAUUUGUUGAUGAGUUUCGGGUUGCUUCCAAAUCCUAACGAGAAGCCUGUUGAAGGUAACAAUGACAAGUAUUUUCCUGAAAAAGCCGAAGUGAAACCGGAAUCUUAUAUCGGUUUUAAACCUCUACCCGACCACGGACCAAGUCGUGAUGAUAUGGACGCCCUUCUUGCUUCAUUUGGCCUAGGUAGAAGUGCCAGACAAGAAAAAGCGUUGAAAGUUAUUGAUAACGAUAAAGAAGAAACGUACAAUUUUGACAUGAUUCCAGAACACCUCAAAAGCGUGAUUUCGGAUUUGGGAAUUGAACAUGUGAAAAGAGAGUCAAAGGAAAUUAGAACACCCACGGUCGAGAAAACUGUGGAGAAGCAACACGUGUUUAGUCCUGAUACCCAAUACGCAACUGAAGAGGAACUGAAAAAAUUGGAGAAACUCAUUAGUAUGGUGAAACAGUUGGAGAAAAUGAACGGUACGGUUUCAGAAGAAGAUUUGCAUAAAAUCGAUUUAGAAGGUUUGAAAGAGUUGGUUGCAAGUUUGAAUGGUUAUAACGAAACUUUUAAUUUAGACGAGUCAGAUACUUCCCCGCAGCCAACUGCUUUUGAUGUCGGUACUUUGGUGACUUUAGAUCAGAAAGAAAAUUUUCCUGAUCCCACUGCUUUUGACGUCGGGUUAGUAAAGAAUGAAGUUAAACGUCAAGAAAGUAGUACUAGUACUACUAGUACUCCUACGGUCACUACGAUUGUGACUGCUGUUUCUGAAGCAGAAACUCCUUCUUUGAAAGAUCUGGAAGAGUCAUUUGGUGGUCCAACAGAAACCACCACAGAGCCUCCAUUACCAGAAACUACUACAAGAAGGACCGGUUUUUAUUAUUUAGUCGACUGGAAUACAUUUUUGGAUAUUGAUGAUACCAAAGGAAAAAGAGUUAAUUUAAGAUUCCAGCCUACUAUUGGUGAUCCAAAGCGGUUCUUAUCUGUUAGUGUUCCUUAGCAAGACAUUCUUUGCACUGUAAUUUAUUGCUUAUUUUUGUAUUUAAUACCGUAGUACCUAGAAGUUUUAUAUUGUGUAUAUAUUGUUUUUAAGUAUAUGUUAAGCACAACAAAUAAAAGACGGACUUUUGCUGGUAACUCUAGAAGCUAGGUGUAUUUAAAUAUAGUUAUUGUUGAUAUUGUUUCUGCAACACUUUUCAAAUACACAGAAAUCGAAAGUUGAA